UUGGAGUGUAACAUAAAAUUUGCUUCUUUGUUGGGUGAAUCAUUCAAACAUCCAACUACCACCUAACCAACCAAACAUAAGUUAUAGGACAAUCACAAUGAGUAGCCGCUUCAAAAAACCACAUUUUUUAUUACUUUUCCAAUUUUGCUGGAUAGUCAAUACCAAACCAGAUUUGGACGGAGAAAUUGAUGCAAAUUGGAUCUGAUCAAUGAUCAUGCACACUGUUAUUCCUCUUUCAUAUUUAAACCCUCUCAUUCAUAAACCACUAACCUCAAAAACAACACUUGUUAUUAUUAUUGUUAACAAUAGUACUAAUGGAAACUUUUUCAUUAGAUCACUUUCAUUCCCUUUCAUAUCUAGGUUCAUCUUCUUCAAAUCCUAGAAAAAACUGUUGUUUUGCAUCAAAGUUGAGAAAUUGGAGCAAACCCAUUUCUCAGAUUUGUUGUUAUUCCAAAUUGGAACAUGGGUUACUCUCAAAACCAGAGAAGAAAAAUGGGUUUGAUGAGAAAAAGCUAGUUUUGGUUGAACCUGUGAUAAAAAGGAGAUCUUUAUUAUCCCCUUCUGGAUUAUGUAGCCAGAUCGAGAAAUUGGUUUUGAGUAAUAAGUAUAUGGAGGCAAUGGAAUUGUUUGAAAUGUUGGAACUUGAAUUUGCUGAUUCUUAUGUUGGUGCUAGUACUUAUGAUGCUUUGAUCACUGCUUGUAUUCGUUUGAGAUUCGUUAGAGGUGUUAAGAGGGUGUUUAAUCAUAUAAGAAAUAGUGGGUUUGAGCUUGAUUUGUAUAUGAUGAAUCGGGUUUUGUAUAUGCAUGUGAAAUGUUUUCUUAUGCACGAUGCGCGGAAGCUGUUUGAUGAUAUGCAUGAGAGAUAUUCGAGUUCUUGGAUGAUCAUGAUUGGCGGACUUGUGGACGCGGGGAAUUAUUCUGAGGCUUUUGAGAUGUUUUUGUGUAUGUGGGAAGAGUUUAAUGAUGGAAAAUCUCGCACUUUUGCAACUAUGCUUCGCGCGUCGGCUGGAUUAGGAAGUAUUGAGAUUGGAAAGCAAAUUCAUGCGUGUGUUUUUAAAAGGAGAGUGAAUGGAGAUCAAUUUGUAGAUUGUGCAUUGAUUGAUAUGUACAGCAAGUCUGGUAGCAUUGAAGAUGCUCAAUGUGUUUUUGAUCAAAUGCCGCAGAAGACGACGGUUGGAUGGAAUACCAUUAUUGCUGGUUAUGCACUUCGAGGUUAUAGUGAGGAAGCUCUUGGUAUUUACUGUAAGAUGCGUGAUAGUGGUGCUAAAAUCGAUCAUUUCACUAUUUCAAUAGUAAUAAGAAUUUGUGCGAGAUUGGCAUCAUUAGAACAUGCGAAACAAGCUCAUGCUGCAUUAGUUCGUCGUGGUUUCGGCACAGAUUUGGUGGUGAACUCGGCGCUCGUUGACUUCUAUAGCAAAUGGGGAAGGAUGAAAGACGCUCAAAGUGUUUUCGACAAGAUGCACCGCAAGAAUGUCAUAUCUUGGAAUGCAUUGAUUGGUGGAUAUGGUAAUCACGGUCAGGGAGAAAAGGCAUUACAAAUGUUUGAGAAAAUGCUUCAAGAAAAUAUGAUUCCAAAUCAUGUCACUUUUCUUGCUGUCUUAUCUGCUUGUAGCUAUUCAGGAUUAUCAGAAAGAGGUUGGGAGAUUUUUGAGUCUAUGAGUAGAGAUCACAACGUUAAGCCUCGAGCAAUGCAUUAUGCGUGUAUGAUUGAACUAUUAGGUCGAGAGGGCUUAUUAGACGAUGCUGUUGCACUGAUAAGAAAUGCUCCUUUCAAACCAACCCUAAAUAUGUGGUCAGCAUUGCUGACAGCAUGCAGAAUGCACGAGAAUUUGGAGCUCGGAACGUUUGCAGCCGAAAAGCUCUAUGGUAUGAAACCCGAAAAGCUGUGUAAUUAUGUUGUGCUUCUAAAUAUAUACAACAAAUCUGGCAAAUUGAAAGAAGCUGCUGGCGUUUUGCAAACGUUAAAGAGAAAAGGUUUAACAAUGAUUGUGGCGCGCAGCUGGAUCGAAGUUAAUAAACAACCGUAUGCUUUCUUUUGCGGAGACAAAUCUCACCCGCAAAUGAAAGAAAUAUACAAAAAAGUGGACAGCAUGAUGGUGGAGAUAUCAAGACACGGUUAUGUUGUGGAGGAAGAAACAUUGCUACCUGAUGUGGACGAAGAGGAACAACGCGUUAUAAAGUAUCAUAGUGAAAAGCUUGCAAUAGCUUUUGGCAUCAUCAACACUCCAGAUUGGUUACCUUUGCAAAUCACGCAGAGCCAUCGUGUCUGCGGUGACUGCCAUAACGCAAUCAAACUUAUAACCAAGGUUACAGGACGUGAAAUUGUGUUAAGAGAUGCUAGUAGAUUUCACCAUUUUAAAAAUGGGAGUUGUUCUUGUGGGGAUUAUUGGUGAUGACAAAAUUUUGUUUUUCAAGCCUUAGGGACUUGUGUGAACUUAUUAGUUUUUUCUCUCCUUCUUUUGCUCCCAAACUUAGUCAUACUCAUACUUAUUUAAGUAGGAUACACUUCUAUAAAAUACUUAGUACUGUUUUACUUUUUUAUAUUGUUAUUUUUUUUUUCUUUUUGGCUGAGGAAUAGGAUGAAGGCACAAUAAAAAUGUAUUAAUGGAUUCAAAAGAUUCAGUAAAUACAUGGAAGAAGUUUUCUAUCCUUCUUAAUGCAGUCACUGUUAUUUCUUUCUUUUGUUUAUUGCUUAUUUCUCUGACAUUGUUUACAAGGUUAUUUGGAUCUAUAUCUAUAUCAUUUCAGCCUCAGACUUUCAUAUGGGACUGGGAACAGAGCAAGUACAUCUUGGAAGCACCUCAUAUUGUAUAGUAAGCAAUGAAAAGUAGCUCAGUUAUGGAGGCCAUUGCCUCAACUGCGUUUUGAUUGAAAGUUCUUCCUUGUCCUAAUGUUCCAAUCAUUAUUCUUGGGUUAAUUUGCCGAAAAGAAGACAUUGAAAUGUGAAAAAUCUGAAACUUUUGCAAUAGUGACAUUAAAUGUAAUAGUAAUUGUUAAGAGACUUUUGUUUAUAUUUAAGGCUAUUGAAUUUU